AAACAGGAGAAGCAGAUAGAAGAGCAGUGGGACCAAUAAAACAUGUCCAUAUCAAGGACAAAGAUGGAUCUUUUUUGCAUCUUCAUCUUGGCAUCCAUGAUUGCCGAAAGCAGUCAGUUAACAUGCCAAAGUGACCUUCGACGUCCAGAAUACAACGACAUCUUCGUUACUUGUGGCACAUCCACAAUCGAACUGGCAAUCCUAAUGUGCCCUGUUGUCUACACCGGCUACAAUGAGUCUCUGCUCAUCCUCAACCAUGUGUACGACAAACCGGAGUGUAAAGGAACCCUGGACGAGACGGUCAACCCGCCGGUGGUCAGGUUCAGCUUCCCCAUCAACAAGACCUCCGCCUGCGACAGCACCUUCCUGACCACCAGUGCAGCCGGAACAGGAAUCUUUGCCGACUUCUCCAACAUCCAGACAGUUAAUGUCAGUGGCGUGGUGCGUUCUCAUGAUCCCACUACAGGCGUGGUCACCUACAACGCUGAGCUGAAAUAUUACUAUUCCUGUGCUUACCCUCUGGAGUAUUUGCUCAACAACACCCAGAUAGAUGUGUCAGCGUCUUCCAUCGCAGUGCGGGACAACAAUGGAAGCUUCAUCAGUACUUUGAGUCUGGAACUGUUCAGUGAUGAAAAUUACACCCAACCUCUGGUCAUACCGCCGCUGGGUUUAGAGCUGAGGACCAACGUCUACGUCCAGGUCAAAGCCGACAACCUGACCGAUCAGUACCACGUCCUCAUGGACCGAUGCUACGCCUCCAUCUCUCCUCAUCCCACAAACUCCACUUUCUUCAACCUCUUCGUCUCGUGCUCUAAGGACCAGAUGACCACCAUUUACAUGAACGGGGACAGUCACAACGCUCGCUUCUCCUUCCAGGCCUUCAGGUUUGUGGAGCAGCAGAAUGAAACCGUGUCUACCUACUACCUACACUGUAUCACCAGACUGUGUGAGACCAGCACCUGCGCCGACUUUAAGCAAUGCAGCAGCAGGAGGAAAAGAAGCAUUCGUUCCACUGGAGUUUUAGAAGCCACCACCCUCACCUCUGAGAUCCCCAUCAUCACCAGUAACGACAAUUCAGUGGAGUCUAAAGAAGAAGCUGUGUCCGGCAGUUACUCUGAAUCCGACUCCAGGAUGGGUCUGGGCAUCGCUGUGGGCGUCCUCACCCUGGCUGUCAUUGUUGUCGUAAGCGUGGCGUUUGUCCUCUACAAAAGGAUCAGACGCUUUUGAAGGGAAGAAGCACCUGUACACACAAGUACACACACAAUAAGGAGUGGCAUUCUUUGGUGUACUGAAGACGUUCACACAAUAACGGUAGAACGGGACUAAGCUCAGCAGAAUAUUGGUCUUAUUUUAAGUUUUAUCAUGUAGCAUUGUGUGUUUGGUUUUGUGUUUUUUUUUUCUCUUAUGGUUGUAGCUCUACUAGUAAAUAUGCAAAGAGAGGAGAGACGCCUUUGCACAAAGAGU